AUGAUGGAAAGACUCAAGUACAGCGAGUCUCAGCUUGGGACUUACUACAACCGCAUCAACUUCCAAGACUCGGAUCGGAAAUACACAGUCAACAACCUUUCAACUGAAGCCCAAACCGAUUUCCUUUUCACCCUCACAAAACGUCAAAUCCUCACUGUUCCCUUUGAGAACCUCACACUACACUACUCAUGGCAUCGUACAGUCGACGUCAACGCAGACCAUCUCUUCACCAAGAUCGUCACCGAGAAACGAGGAGGUUACUGUAUGGAAAACAACAGCUUCUUCCACACGGUUCUUGUUUCACUGGGCUUUGAGGUGUACAUGGUUGCUGCAAGGGUCUUCAGUCCUGAUGGGAAGAGGUACGGUGCUAUAACGCACUGUCUCAACGUCGUCACCAUCGGAGACAAGUCUUAUGCAGUUGAUGUUGGAUUUGGUGGCCGUACGCCGACCAUUCCUAUGGAACUCCUCGAUGGAAAGGUUUUUGAGAGAUCAGAUUCGGGUCAGAUGAGAUUACGACACGAUACGAUUCCUCAGUACUUGAGCAAGCAAAAAGUCUGGAUUUAUGAAUUUCGCUCAAAUGACAGUGGCGAAUGGAUUCCUCAAUGGUGCUUCAUAGACCACGAAGUCAUCCCUGAUGAUAUCCGUGUCAUGAACAUGGCUCCUUCGAAAAGCCCUUCAAGUUUCUUUACUUUCAAAGUUAUCGCCGUGCAGUUCGUUUCUGAAAAGGAAGACUGCUCGGAGAUAGAGACGAGAGAUUUAAAGAAUGUCGGUGGCGAUAUCGAUGGGAGUGUGUUCAUUGAUGGAAAUGUUAUGAAGUAUAGGAAGGCCGGCGUCGUCAAGAUGGAAAAGACGUUUGAGAGCGAGGAUGAGCGGUUAGAGGCGUUGAAAAAGUAUUUUGGUAUUGAGCUGACUGAGGAAAAUCGGAGGGCCAUACGAGGGACAGCUGGUGCCAUUGCAUAG